ACUACAUUUGGUCAAUUUUUUUUAUUUACUUAUAUCAUUUCUUUACUCGUUCAGUGAACGUUGAUGUAAGGCAGCUUGUUCUAAAUUAAACCGUUGCUGUGGUAUACUUACAUCACAACUGCAAUGACAUUGUUGGAGUUUACUGGUUGUGCACUGACAGCUUUUGGUCCAGCACUGUCGAUGUUCAUCGUAACAAUCAUGAAUGAUCCUGUACGUGUCAUUAUAUUGAUAGCCAGUUCAUUUUUUUGGCUGCUAAGUCUACUAUUAUCAUCGAUAGUGUGGUUCAUCUUUCCUAGCAAACAACAGGUCUGGUUUGGAGUGUUCAUCUCUGUACUGGUACAAGAGCUGUUUCGUUACUUUUUGUACCUACUACUGCGUAAAGCUGAACGUGGACUUAAACGAUUUGUGGCACAUUCAUUAGUGUCGAAUAAUAAACACAUGCUAUCAUAUGUUUCCGGUUUGGGAUUCGGCGUCAUGAGUGGGCUGUUCUCUUUAGUCAACAUCCUAGCUGAAGUUGGAGGACCAGGUACAAUGGGACUCCGUGGUGGAUACAGUGCAUUUUGUAUUGUAUCUUCUAUUUUUACUGCGUUCACCAUACUCCUACAUAUAUUUUGGGGAAUACUUUUUUUCCAUGGAUUAAAUACAGCUAAUAAGAACCUAAUUUUGUAUGUCAUUGUUUCUCAUCUUGUUGUAUCAGAAAUAACAUUGUUCAAUCAGUACUAUUAUUAUAUUCUUACACUAUCUAUAGUUUUUUCAAUAACACUUGGUACAGGACUCUAUGCUUUUAAGACGGCAGGUGGACAAUUACCUAUAAUUGACAAACUUAAAACUGAAAAUACAAAUACAGCUGAGAGUUAAAUGUAUUACAUUUAAUUUUUUUUUUUUAUUGUAUAACUUUUUAU